AAGGGAAUAUACUUGCGUGUACACCGAUUAAAAAUUUCUCUCUACAAAUCUGUCCUUUAUUAACUGGCAUCACUUCCGCAUCACGUCCUUACCAGUAAUUGCGUGUGGUACAUACAGUUUGGCAUUGAAGAUCAGAGCCCGUUUCAGAAUUCACAGAAAUACAAAAGAAAAUGGCAUUGAAGGAGGAAUUUGAGGAGUAUGCUCAGAAGGCUAAGACCUUACCUGAUACUACCACCAACGAGAACUUGCUUAUUAUAUAUGGAUUGUACAAGCAAGCCACAGUUGGACCAGUUAACACAAGCCGUCCUGGUAUCUUCGCUAUGAGGGACAGGGCAAAGUGGGAUGCAUGGAAGGCUGUUGAAGGAAAAUCCACGGAGGAAGCAAUGAGUGAUUAUAUCACCAAGGUGAAACAGAUGCUGGAAGAAGCUGCUGCUUCUGCUUGAUGAUGCACAAAUUAUAUUCUUCUUCUAUCACCGUGUGUUGGAUAUGGUAGAUAAUGAUUGUCGUUACCUUUCGUAUUGGCGUUGUUUCUUUUGUGAGACCUCUAUGUUUGAAUCUGAUGUAUGAGGUUCUGUUAUCUGGACAUGAUCAUAGUGAAUAUGAUCGAAUGAAAUAUAUUUCUUUGUGUUGUGAAUGAAUUGAGGAUUGUAGCUGUUAGUGUCUGAACCUUAACCAAUGAGCUCAUUUGUAGCCUUGCCUGCCUAACUGGGAUUGGGUUUGGUCCCUCCUGCCUCUGAACACUCUUUUUUUCUUUAAUUUUUCAUUACUUUUUUUGAAUUUCUGUAGACAUACAUACCUUUCAAGGUCGUGUCAUUUAGUUGUUGAACUUGUUUGAAAUACUUAUG